CAAACAGAUGCCACACUGCCACCUCCAACUCCCCACCUCCUAGUCUCAGUCACCACACCUACCUCUCUCUCUCUCUCAGCUUCACCAUUUCUCACAUCCCACAGCAAAUCCCAACUCCAAUCCCUAAAAAUUGAUCAUGUGCUCAUCUUGCUCAUGCCCUCCCUCCUCUCUCUUCCUCCCAACCUACUCUUCCUUCCUUCUACGACGUCGUUCUCUCUCCCCAACCCUAACUCUCUACAAACCUCGAUCCCAGACACUCGGGCCUCGCCCCUCCGCUUCAUUAUCCCACCAAAGCCUCGACCUUUCAUGGUUUCCUCCGGACCCUGAUAACUACGGCGGUUGGGGACCCGUCGAAACUCCGAUUUACCGCAAAAACCAUGGGUUACCUACAUUUGUGAUCAGAGGUAUUGGGGCUUCAGUGACGGUUGCAGUGGCUGCCAUUGCUUACUUCUCGCUAACCCGAAAAGGUUUUAAGUUUCAGAUUCCUAGUCCGUUGCAUGUUCUUCACGAGAUAUUAAGUCCGGCUGAUACUAAAGCUACAAAAAAUGGAGCAUUGGAUGAGGAUGGACCGGUCUCUGAGACAAGGACCGAGACUAUACCUGUUGCCGAUAGGAAAAGUGUUGCUUCAGUGAAGCGUGAUAGGAUUUUAAUCCCGGUUGCUUUAGAUUCUACUCAACAGGAAGCUUUGACAGUUUUGAAGAAACUGAAGAUCAUUGAAGAUGAUGUCAAGGCUGAUGAAUUGUGUACUAGAAGGGAGUAUGCUAGAUGGCUGGUUCGAAUAAACUCGUCAUUGGAAAGGAAUGCAAAGCACCGACUUAUCCCAUCAGUUUCACUUGCUGGGUCCCAAGUUGCUGCAUUUGAUGAUGUGAGUAUUGAGGACCCUGAUUUUGGAUCCAUCCAAGCCCUGGCGGAGGCCGGUGUCGUUCCCAGCAAAUUAUCACCGAAGAGCUCCCAUGGAAACAACUAUUUCUUCCCUGAGAGGUUUGUCUCUCGACAGGAUCUGAUUGACUGGAAAGCGCAUUUAGAGUAUGACUUUUCACCAGGAAUAAUUGAUCAGAUAUCAACAACAAUAGUAGGUUUUAUGGAUGUGAAAGAGAUCAGUCCAGAUGCUUCAGCGAGACUAUAUACUGACUUGUUGGCCGGGGAAAAAAGCAUACUCCGAAAAGUCUUUGACUUUGUUAUACGUUUCUCUUUCCAAGGAGAUUCAAACUUCUUCAUGUUGCAACACAUAAAAACAUGCUGGCAAAUUACACAGCUAAGAACCCCAUGGCAUAAUUAUCUUGCAGGACAGUGCAAGCGAUUGCAACCAAACAAGCCUUCAACAAAAGCACAAGCAGCAGUGGCACUAACAAGUGGCAGGAUCUCAGAACCAAUUUCUACUGAACUUAUGAGACUGAAGGCUGAAUGUUCUGUGAGGAAGGCAGAGAUGGAGGUCAUCAGGUCCGAGUUACUGGACAGAGAAGACAUACAGAAGUUUUGGGAUGAGAAACUAAAUGCAGAGAAAACCCAUGGUCAUGAGGUGGAGAAGGCUUAUCAUGCUGCCCUUAGUAAUUUGGAAGAGGAGAAAAUUGUUCAAGAAAAGUAUUCUGCCGAGCUUUUAAAGGAGAAGGCAGCUAUGGACUGUCAAAGACAAUUACUUCUCAGUCUCAAGGAAGAGGUCAAUGAGAUGUCAGAAAAGCUUGCCUCUGAGAGGAUUACUUAUGUGGCUGAGAAGUGCAGUAUGCAGGAUGUGCUGAGUGAUUUAGAGACCAAGCGGGAAAGUAUGCUUGAUCAGAAAUCAAUACUUGAAGCUGAGAUAGAAGCCGUCCGAAUUCUUAAAUCUUGGAUAGAGGAUGAAGCUAGAAAGAGCCAAGCCCGUGCCAAGGUACUGGAGGAGGUAGGACGAAGGUGGAAAUGGGAUAAUCAAGCUUGACCAUCCUCGCUCGUAAACUCGUACAGAGAGACAUAUCAUGAUGUUGUAUGAAUUUAUGACCGGAGAAUCUCUCUUGUGGAGUUUCCCACUGUUUUGAUGUGCAUGUACUCGAGGAUUCCUUGUAUAACAUCCGAACGCCUGAUGUGAUUUUUGAUUCCGCGAUGAGGAAUUGAUAAACUUUUUGGCGCACAUCCAAGCUAUCUUACACUUGUUAUGACAUUGAUGUAGCAAAACCGAAUAGAUAUGUUUUGUGUUGUGGUCAAGGAAGCAAAGGAAUCCAGUGCAACUGUCUAGUGGUGUCAAAAUUUCAACU